AUGGCUCUCAAACGCAUUAACAAGGAACUCACGGAUCUUGGACGUGACCCGCCCUCCUCCUGCAGCGCUGGUCCUAUCGGCGAUGAUUUGUUCCACUGGCAAGCAACAAUAAUGGGUCCCGCCGAUAGCCCAUAUGCCUCUGGCGUCUUUUUCCUCGCUAUUACUUUCCCAACCGACUAUCCCUUCAAACCUCCAAAGGUUAACUUCACAACUCGUAUCUACCACCCAAAUAUCAAUUCCAACGGAAGCAUCUGCCUUGAUAUUCUGCGUGAUCAGUGGUCUCCUGCAUUAACUAUUUCAAAGGUCCUUUUAUCCAUAUGCUCAAUGCUCACGGACCCGAAUCCGGACGAUCCUCUCGUACCAGAGAUCGCUCAUGUUUACAAGACCGACAGAGCUAGAUACGAAGCAACCGCUAGGGAAUGGACCCGCAAGUAUGCUAUCUAG